AUGGCAGUCUUCAGUAAGAUGUCAGGACGUCGUACAGCGGUGCCGGUGGUGCUGGGUGCUGCCGCACUGGCAGCAACCAGCUUUGUUGUUCCAGGAACUCCUGUCCAGCAAAUCUCUGCCCGAACUCCUGUGGCUGCUCAGGUCAAGCAGGAUGCAGUGAGCUCUCUACCAGGCCUUACAGCAGGCAUGACCAUGGGAAUGACAGCUGCAGCAGCUGCAGCAAACCGCAGGAAGCCAGCGAGGAGUCAAAGGUCAGUGGCAAAGGCCAAGAAGGAGCUGUCGGAAUCCGGCCUGUUGCACUUGGUCGCAUCCGUUCAGGAUGUCUUGUCGAAACCUCACGAGGGAGAUCGCAUGAGGAAUCUGAAGGCUCUGGCGGCUGAGCUGAAGCACAAUCAGCAGAAGAGUACCAGCCCAAUGGAGGGCCCCUUGCGAUGGGUGACCAAUAUGGCAGCAUCCCUUCUGUUGACCCAGGGCAUGGCCUUACAGCCUGCGCAUGCGGGAGAUGUGAUCAACUACUCUGAUUUCAUUGAUUCAGUGAACAAGGGCGAUGUUGAGAUGGUGCGUGUUCAGCCCGACAUGCUCUCUGCCCAGUACAUCACUAAGGAAGGGGCCCGGCGGGAAGUGAACCUCAUUCCAAACGCACAGAUUGAAGAUCAGCUCUUUAACCAGCUUGCUGACAAGAAGGUGGAUGUGGUGAUGUCGACCGGUGAGGCCGGAUCUCCCUUGGACUUCCUGGCACGCUUCGCUGGUCCAUUGGCAUGGUUGGUCGCUGGCCUCUUGCUACUCUUUGGUGGUGUCGGUGGACCUGCCGGACCGGGUGGCCCAGGUGGUAAUCCCUUUGAGCUGGGUAAGUCCAAAGCCCGGAUCAUCAAAGACGGCGACACCAAGGUGAAGUUUGGUGAUGUGGCGGGGUGCGACGGCGCCAAGACCGAGCUAGUGGAGGUAGUCGACUUCCUGAAGAACGCCUCCAGGUACUCGGAGCUCGGCGCCCAAAUCCCGAAGGGUGCCUUGCUGGUGGGCCCACCCGGCACCGGAAAGACCUUGCUGGCGAAGGCUGUGGCAGGCGAAGCCGGUGUGCCCUUCUUCAGCAUCUCCGCAUCGGAGUUCGUGGAGGUGUUUGCUGGAGUGGGUGCCUCACGUGUCCGAGAUCUCUUCGAACAAGCGAAGAAGUCUGCACCAUGCAUCAUUUUCAUCGACGAGAUUGAUGCCGUGGGACGGCAGCGAAGUGCAGGCUUCGGACAGGGCAACGACGAACGUGAGCAGACCGUGAACCAGCUGCUCACCGAGAUGGAUGGUUUCGAGAGCAACAAGGGCGUGGUGGUCCUCGCAGCGACCAAUCGAGCCGACAUUUUGGAUCAGGCUUUAGUGCGACCAGGUCGCUUUGAUCGACAGAUCCAGGUGGACCCUCCCGAUGUCCAAGGCCGCUUGGAGAUCCUCAAGGUCCAUGCCAAGGGGAAGAACCUAGCUCCUGGCAUUGAUCUCUCAGCGAUUGCGAAGCAAACACCUGGGAUGUCCGGUGCUGAUCUGGCCAAUCUUUUGAAUGAAGGAGCCAUUGUGGCUGCAAGACAGAACAAGUCUGAGAUCGACUCUGAUGAUAUCUUCAACGCGCUCGAACGCAUUGCAUUGGGCUUGGAGAGAAAGGAUGCAGUGAUGUCAGAGCAGAGGAGGAGACUCGUUGCUUACCAUGAAGCCGGUCACGCCAUUUUGGGUGCUUUGGUGAAUGACUAUGAUGCAGUCGCCAAGAUUAGCAUCGUGCCACGUGGACCAGCGGGUGGCGUCACGAUCUUCAUGCCUUCUGAAGAGCGCUUGAACUCAGGCCUUUAUUCCAAGGAAUUCCUGGAGAAUCGCAUGUGCGUGGCGCUGGGUGGGCGCUUGGCUGAAGAGAUCGUCAAUGGCAAGGACAACGUGACAACUGGAGCAUCCAACGACUUCCAGCAAUGCACCCAGGUGGCCAAACAGAUGGUCAUGCAGCUGGGCAUGUCUCCUGUCAUCGGCCAGCGGCAACUGGGAGGCCAGCAAGGUGGACCUUUCAUGGGCCGCGAUUUCAUGGGUCAAGGCGCACCGCCUAUGUCCCAAGCAUUGAAGCAACAGGUGGAUGACGAAGUGAAACGUAUUGUGGAUGAACAGUACCAGCGCGGUAUGAAGCUCUUGAGAGACAACAUGUUUCUGCUGGAUGAGUUGGCCAAGCUACUUUUGGAGCAAGAGAAGGUCAGUGGUGAAGAGCUUGUGAAGCUCAUCAACAGAGCUGCGAUUGAGGGGAAGUUGGCUGUGGCUAACAAGCAGAUGGCCUUUGCUGCAUUCACCGGUGAGAAGGUGGACGCUUCCAAAUCGUCCGAUUCCAAGCUCCCCAGCAAGUGCAUUCCAUCAAUGACCUCCAUGGCUUCAAUGCCAAAGGGCUUCUGUGGUUCUACCCUCCGCUCCCGCCAUGACCGCGCGGCUGCGCGCAACGCCAUUGCCCGACUGGGGCUAGCGGGUGAUGAGAAGAUUGUGACCAGUGAGAAGGUUCUAGAGGAGGUUGAGCGAAUGGCAGCUGAUGUCUCCAAUGGCUCGGCGUUGCCAAGCCAGGUGGUCCGAACUGCAGCGGUGCAGACCUUGGUCUCUUUGGCCGCUAUGGCAGGGCCAUCUGUGGCAAUUGCGGAUGACCUGGCAGUGCCGCAGAGCAUCCCACAGCCCAUGACUCAGAUGGCCACGCCAACGCAAGCUACAGGCCGUGUCACCUAUUCUCGAUUCUUGGAAUUUGUGGAGGACGGGGCCGUGAAGCGCGUCGACAUGUAUGACAUGGGCCGCACUGCUGUUGCCUCCGUGAACAUUGCUGGUCGUGAGCAGCAGCUGAUUUGCGAUUUGCCUGGUGCCAGCACAGGGGUCAUUGACAAGCUCGUGAAGAAGAAUGUUGCCAUUGAUGUGCACCAACCGGAGAAGCCAAACCCACUCUUCGGCGCCUUGGCCAAUGCGGCAUUGCCUUUGCUGACCAUCGCAGGUUUGCUGUUCUUGCGAUCAAGGAACCCUGGUUCUGGUGGCAUCCCAGGGCUUGGCAAUCAGGGAAAGGCACAAAUUAUGAUUUCCCCCGACACCGGAGUGAAGUUUGAGAACGUUGCCGGAAUUGAUGAGGAGCUCACUGAGAUUGUUGACUUCUUGAAGGCUCCUGAGCGUUUUGUGAAGGUCGGAGCCAAGAUCCCACGUGGCGUUUUGCUUACUGGUCCGCCGGGCACUGGGAAGACGCUCAUGGCCAAAGCAUUGGCUGGCGAAGCUGGCGUGCCCUUCAUCCAAUCCUCCGCCUCGGAAUUCAUCGAGCUUUUCGUGGGCGUAGGGGCCUCUCGUGUAAGAGAUAUCUUCAAGCAGGCCAAGGAGAAGGCUCCCUGCAUCGUUUUCAUCGAUGAGAUUGAUGCUAUUGGCCGGCAGCGUGGUGCUGGCAUGGGAGGUGGAAAUGAUGAGCGUGAGCAGACCCUGAAUCAGAUCCUGACUGAGAUGGAUGGUUUCGAGGGCAACAGCGGUGUCAUCGUCGUGGCGGCCACCAACCGCUCUGACAUCCUGGACAAUGCCUUGCUUCGACCUGGGCGAUUUGACCGCCGAGUCACAGUGGGUUUGCCGGAUGUGAAGGGCCGAGAACAGAUCUUGGAAGUGCACAUUCGAAAUAAAAAACUUGCUGAGGGAAUCACCUUGACAGAGAUUGCCAAGCGAACUGCCGGUUUCAGUGGUGCUGACUUGGAAAAUUUGAUGAACGAAUCCGCUAUCCUGGCAGCUCGACGCAACAAGAACGCUGUAACCAUGGACGAGAUCAAUGAUGCCACAGAUCGCGUCAUUGCUGGCCUUGAAGGGCGUGCUUUGAACGACAAUGCUUCCAAGAAGCUCAUUGCAUACCAUGAAGCAGGUCAUGCCAUCGUCGGAUCUUUGCUGCCCCAUCACGACCCCGUGAACAAGGUGACGGUGAUUCCCCGUGGUCAGGCGAAGGGUUUGACCUGGUUUACACCUGGAGAAGAUCAGAGCCUCAUCUCUGCAGCCAUGCUGAAGGCGCGCAUUGCUGGAGCUUUGGGUGGCCGUGUGGCUGAGCAGUUGGUCUUCGGAAGCUCCCAGGUGACCACUGGGGCUGGGGGAGACCUGCAGCAGGUGGAGCGCAUGGCUCGAGCCAUGGUCACCCAGUUUGGCAUGUCUGAGGUGGGUUCCAUUGCCAUCGAUGACGGAGGCUUCGGUGGGCCCAACUAUUCAGAGGAUUUGAACUCAAAGAUUGACAGUGCCAUCAAGAACAUCUCGGAUGAGUGCUUCCUCACAGCAUGGAAUCUGCUGGAGACGCGCCGAGAUUGCUUGGACAAGGUGGCUGAGGAGCUUUGCGAGAUGGAAACCAUCACUGGGGACAGGCUUCGGGAGAUCAUUGCCCAAUACACUGAAGUGCCAGAGAAGAUGGCUGUCGUUUGA